AUGUCUGGCGCAAGACAUUGGGAGCAAGAUAAGGAAGCAACCGUUUACAUCGGUAACCUUGAUGAACGAAUCUCGGAUAGCCUAGUAUGGGAGUUGAUGCUGCAGGCCGGGCGCAUCGUGAACGUCCACCUACCCAAAGACCGAGUCACCCAGUCGCAUCAAGGGUAUGGAUUUGUGGAAUUUAUCAGUGAGGAGGAUGCGGAAUACGCGUCGCGAAUAAUGAACGGUAUUCGUCUAUACGGAAAACCCAUACGCGUGAACAAGGCCUCCGCCGAUAAGCAAAAGGCCGUGGAAAUCGGGGCAGAGCUCUUCGUUGGAAACCUCGAUCCCAUGGUUACAGAGCAGGUUCUCUAUGAUACAUUUGGCCGUUUUGGAAGUUUGACCAGUCUGCCAAAGAUUGCACGGGAUGACAACAAUCUGUCUAAGGGCUAUGGGUUCGUCUCGUUUGGCGACUUUGAGUCUUCGGAUGCAGCGAUUACGAACAUGAACGGGCAAUAUCUCAUGAACAAGCAAGUCUCCGUACAGUACGCGUAUAAGAAGGAUGGAAAGGGCGAGAGACACGGUGAUGAAGCCGAGCGAACGUUGGCUGCACAGGCUCGCAAGCACAAUGUUCGCCCGACAGCUCAACAAAUACCGCCCCCAUUUCUAGCCUCGACACCGCCCGUCAUGCCAACAGGAAUGGUAAAUGGCGAUGCAUCGCGGCCGAUGAGCACAGCACCCCCUGUGGCACCUGCAAACGCUGGUUUCCAAAAUAUUCCUCCUCCCCAGCCGAAUCGACCCGUACCUUCUGCGACCUCUCUGGCGACGCCGCCUCCAGGAUUGCCUGCGCGACCUCCACCUUCCCAGGCUGGUUAUGGAGGGCCACCACAAGGGUUUGUACCUCCAGGUUUUGCGGGUCCUAACCAACAACCACAUUUUCCACCGCAAGCAGCACCGCCCCCAGGAUUUGCGCCUCCGGGCUUCGGGCCUCCGGCAGGAACCCCCGGACCCCCGCCCCCGCUGCCACAGGGAUUCCAGCAAGCUGGAUUUGGCAGGGGACGGUGA